AUUGGUACGUGUUGCUUAUGUUUAGUAAUAGGCACGAGAAGAAAGCAAUGAGUAAGAGAGGAUGGUGUGUGCGAACAGACGUGUAUGGAACAAGUACGCAUUAACGGGAAACUAUGUUUUCAAAAGCUGUGUUUAUGAGUUCGCUGUAUCUUUUGAAAUCUGUGAUUUUUUCAUUCACAAGAUAUAGCGCUGGCGGAUAAUAUACGAUUUCUUUCUGUCUGACAUUUUGUAAUGUCUAUAGAACUCGACUGUUACUACUUCUUGCAUGCACCGUAACACGAAGGGAAUAGUACCCAUUCUGCAGAAUCAGCUUUCGAAACAUUGUCAGAUCUAUAAGAAUGGCUUCAUGGAGUUGGCACGGUUCCAUGGAAGAUGAAGUGUUGGCUGAUUGCGUAAUGAACUACUGGAAAGUGGUUACCGAAGAGCACAUAGAAGAUUCAGAAUUUGGAACAGACUGAUGCAGAUAACGUAGUUGCUAUUCCUACAGUAUCAAAUACUACUACUAAUAAGUGGUGGUAUUUCAAGCAACACAGUGUCGUUUGGACCAUUGAGUGAAACGUCUAGUACAGAUACAGCAGAGUGGCAAUGAGUGAGUCCGUUUUGAUGUACACUUUACCAAAUGGCACUCAUGUGUUGAUUCGCAACAAUUCACUGGAAGGCAAAGAUAUUGAUAAUGUUCCAGUGAUGGUUGUGGAAGAUGUUAUUUGUGGCACAGGAUUAGCUACAGAUGAAGGUGAAAACAGUGUUAUAUUACCAAACAUGCAUAUAGUCAACACUGUAACAGUAGAAGCACCAUUAGAGCCUGUACAGUUGGUUGAAACUCAACUUCCAGAAGAAAGCAGACAACAGGACUCCCUCCUGUCAGAGCCCACAGAACUUGAAGGACUGGAUGACUUCGCAGAAGUUGUGACCUGGUACAAGUGCCGAAAAUGUUCUUUCGUUGCUGCGCAGUUACCAAGUUUGGUGGAGCACCUAAAAUCACACAAUAUAGAUACAAAACGCAAAUCCAGUUCAGCCCAACAUUCAUUAAAGGGUGAAAAUUCUGAAGAAUUGGCUUCUACAGCAGAAAGACCUAAGGAUCAUUCUACUACUAGUGGAAAUGAUUCAAGAACUGAAGCGAGUGAGUGCCUUAUCUACCUCUGUGGACAGUGCACACAUGCUUACAGCAGCCUUGAUGAAUGCAAACAACACAUGAUGCAGGAUCAUGAUUUGAUUUUGCAAGAAGAAAAUGAAACAGUUGCCCAAGAAUCAUCAGCAGAUGAAGCUCCCGUUAUGAAGGAAAAACAGGAUGUAACUGUGAUUCAACAGACUCAAACAAAGGAAUUUUUGCUCAACAUAAAGAAGAACCAGCCAGAAUGUAAAUUUGUAUGCACGAAAGAUGGCUGCCACCACAAAUUUGCAUCAGCUGAAGCACUUGCUAUUCAUUUAGAAUGUCACAUGCCAGAAAGCCGUGUGACUGGAAGCCAGCAACAGUUUCGUUGCACAGAAUGUAAAAUGAUGUUCAACCGCUGGAGAGGAUGUGCCAUGCAUUUGUGGGUUGCACACAGUCAAGAUGCUGGGCUGCUUGUGUGCCCUGUUUGUAAGAAGUAUCGUACUGCAGUAAUUACACGGAUGGUUGCACAUAUGCAGACUCAUGGCGAAGUUCGGUCUUUUCAUUGUCCAGACUGUGGCAAAGGUUUCAAGCAAGCAGCCCAGUUACGCAACCAUCGGGUCAUACAUAUGAAUCGCAAGACUGAUGAUCUUCCUCGUUGGUAUGCAACCAAACAAUGUGACAUAUGUCUCAAAACAUAUGCCGAUUCAAAAUGCUUAAAGAAACAUAUACAGGCUGUCCACAGCAAGCUGCGGCCUUAUGUUUGUCAUGUUUGCGGUCAUGCUUCAGCUCGCAGAGCUAUGCUGCAGAUGCACCUCCGUCAGCAUACUGGUGAGAAACCUCAUGCCUGCCCUAUGUGUGCAUAUCGGACAGGUGACCACAACUCUUUGCGUCGUCACAUAAUGCGUCAUACUGGCCAGAGACCAUAUCGAUGUCCACAUUGCCCAUACACAGCAAUACAGAGUAGUUCAUAUAAAAAUCAUUUAAGCUCAAAACAUCCUGGACAGAGUGGUGUGUUUUCCUGCAUUCACUGCCCCUUCAAAACUGUAAAUCGAGAAGGAUUUGUUUUACAUGUAAACGAUCACAAGAAUGGUCUUUUACCUGUUGCAAUGAAUGGUGACAGUGAAGAGAAUGCAAAAAGUAAUAGUGCAUCACUUGCUUCUUAGCAGGAUGGGUACUUGAGUGAUAUUUUAAACUUGACCUUUUGUUUUAGCUGGAGUGAUGAUUUGAAUGAAAUUUAGUAAUAUAUUUAUGUUUCAUACAGCACUAAAGAUAAAAGCUCUGUAAAACGGAAAACACAUUAGGGAAGAAAGAAUGUAAAUUCUGCAGUAUUGGUGCAAAUCAAAGGAAAAUAUAAAACUGUGAUUGUAUAGUAGGUAAAACUCAGGCUGUGCAACUUCAAUCUACUAUCAUUUUCUUUCUUAUAAAAAUUUAUUGAAAUAAGUACACAGUAUUGACUUGUGAUGACUUAACUAUUUGUUAUCACAUGUAAAUACUUGUGUGUGUGAAGGACCUUGAUCUGCAACACUGACAGAAAUUAUAUGUCAAGUCAUAAAUUGCUGAUCUUUUAUUAGGCAUGUUUGAAGGGUACCGCUGGGCACAUACAGAAAAUUUGUCUGGAUGAACAUGUCUUUAAAAUGCCAUUAGUUGAGGAGUUAUAUUAAGUCUUCUUUUACUGAAAUCAGCACUCAAUGGACAUAAUUGUAAAAGUCUCAGAUUCUUUUGUAAGUGUUCAUUUUUGUCUUUUCUGGAAUUCCUAGUAACUCUGGUUUAAAAUUUUACUGGUAUUAAUAUACCUUUGCAAUAAUUUAAUCCUGUGUAUUGUGUCUUAUAAAGAAUCAGUUGUCAACGUUUGGAGAUAAUUAAAGAAAGAUUGGAGACA